AUGGAGCUCAAAGGUUUCUGUGUUGUGACAUUUAUCCUGAUGUUAGGGUUCUCCAGUGCAGUUGGUGAAUAUGUUGGCUUAUCUGCUAACCAAUGUGCCAUCCCAGCCAAUGACAGAGUAGACUGUGGCUACCCUGAAGUCACUGCAGAACAAUGCAAUAAAAGAGGGUGUUGCUUUGAUUCCAGCAUCCCUGAAGUACCCUGGUGCUUCAAACCUCUCCAAGAUACAGUCAUGAAGGCAGGUGAAGCAGAUGCUGUGGUGUGCUUGGAGCUUGGGCAGACAUCAAAACAUAAAAAAUACCAAGGUCAUCCACUGCAUCCUGGGGCAUUGUCAGUCAUCACAAUUUUUGCCUUGCCACUGGACUUCAGUGACUAUGGAGGAAAGAAUAGGGCCAAUGACUUUGACCCACUCUACCUCACUUAA